GGUCCAUCUGCUUUGUCUUCCCUCGUCCGCGCUCCACUCUCCACUCUCCACUCUCCAGUUUCCAGUUCAAAGAAGGAAGAGUGAGUUUGUUGGUAACAGAGUUUGAAUUUGCAGAGAGAAUAAAUAUAAUAUAAUAAAACCUUACGAAUCCGAUCGAUGACGGGCAUGGGCGUGAACAUAACCUCCAUUAAAACCGCCUCCGAUGGCGUCUGGCAAGGCGAUAACCCUCUCCAUUUCGCCUUCCCUCUCUUAAUUCUUCAGUCCACUUUGAUCCUCCUCGUCACCCGAUUCCUCACUCUCCUCCUCAAACCCCUUCGCCAGCCCAAAGUCACCGCUGAAAUUCUCGGCGGGAUUCUGCUGGGGCCGUCCGCUUCUGGAAGGAGCAAGGCGUAUUUGGAUCUCGUUUUUCCUCCGUGGAGCACUCCGAUUCUCGAAUCCGUCGCCAGCAUCGGUUUGCUCUUCUUUCUGUUUCUCGUCGGCCUCGAACUCGAUUUCUCCUCCAUUCGCCGCGGCGGAAGGAGGGCUUUCGGCAUAGCCUUCGCCGGCAUUUCCGUCACCUUCCUCGCUGGCGUCGGCAUCACCUCCGUCUUCCGCAGCACCGUCGACGGCGCCGAUCAGGUCGGCUACGGCCAGUUGCUCGUCUUCAUGGGCGUCGCUCUCUCCAUCACCGCCUUCCCCGUCCUCGCCCGCAUUCUCGCCGAGCUCAAACUCCUCACCACUCACGUCGGAGAGACCGCCGUCGCCGCCGCCGCUUUCAACGACGUCGCCGCCUGGAUUCUACUCGCCCUCGCCGUCGCGCUCACUGGCGGAGGCGGAGGAGGCAGUGGGGCCCAAGGGAGCCUGUUGGUUUCCGCGUGGGUCCUACUUUCGGGAGCCGGGUUUGUGGUUUUCAUGAUGGUAGCGAUCCGACCCGCGAUGGACCGGGUCGCCCGACGCUGCUCGCACGGGCACAACUCCGCCGACGAUGCCUAUAUUUGUUUGACCCUAAUCGGAGUUAUGGUUUCGGGUUUCGUGACGGAUCUGAUCGGAAUCCAUUCGAUUUUCGGAGGGUUCAUAUUCGGGUUGACGAUUCCGAAAGGUGGGAGGUUCGCGGAGAGAUUGAUUGGGAGGAUUGAGGAUUUCGUUUCGGAUCUGCUUCUUCCGCUGUACUUCGCAUCGAGCGGGUUGAAGACGGACAUAGCGAAGAUCCGCGGCGGGAGGGCGUGGGGGCUGGUGGCGCUGGUGACGUUGACGGCCUGCGCCGGAAAGAUUCUGGCGACAUUUGCGGUGGCGAUGGCGUUUCUGAUGCCGGCGAGAGAAUCGCUGACAUUGGGCCUCCUUAUGAACACAAAGGGCUUGGUGGAACUCAUCGUCCUCAAUAUCGGCAAGGAGAAGAAGGUUCUGAAUGAUGAAGUAUUCGCCAUUUUAGUGCUAAUGGCGCUCUUCAAUACUUUCAUCACCACCCCUUCUGUCAUGGCGGUUUACAAGCCGGCCCACGGCGUCUCCACCCGAACCCACCGGAAGCUCUGCGACCUCUCCUCCUCCGCCGCCGCCGACGGCUGCAAGGUGGACGAACUCCGAAUCUUGGGUUGCGUCCAUGGACCCGGGAAUGAAGGCAGUUACGAUCUAAUCGUGGUGGGAAGGGGUCAGUUUCCAUCGACCGUGGUGCCUAAACUAGCGGACCGCCCAGCAGAGCACACCGAGUUGGGGCCGAUAGGCGGUAUAUUGGCCGAGUCGAACUGGGGAAUAGUAUCUUCAGUACUGGUAGUUCAACAGUAUAAAGGAUAA